GGAAACAAAGUUCAGGCGCGUUGCUGGCAGGAGCAAUCAGAACAUCAUACAGUUUUAGGGAAAGGACUUCAGAGAAAGAGCGCCAUGACUUCUGACAAAGGUAUUUCAACUGGUGAUCCCACUCUGAGGAGAAGAAUUGAGCCCUGGGAAUUUGAAGUUUUCUUUGACCCUGGAGAACUUCGUAAAGAAACCUGUCUGCUGUAUGAAAUCAAGUGGGGCACAAGCCACAAGAUCUGGAGAAGCACAGCGCAAAACACCACCAAUCACGUCGAAGUGAAUUUUAUAGAGAAAUUUACUUCAGAAAGACGUUGGGAUGCUCCCAUCAGCUGCUCCAUCACCUGGUUCUUGUCCUGGAGCCCCUGUUGGGAAUGCUCCAAGGCUAUUAGAGAAUUUGUGAGCCAACAUCCUAGUGUGACUCUAGUUAUUUAUGUAGCACGGCUUUAUUGGCACAUGGACCACCAAAACCGGCAAGGACUCAGGGACCUCAUCAACAGUGGUGUGACUGUCCAGAUGAUGAGAGGCUCAGAGUAUUGUCACUGCUGGAGGAAUUUCGUCAACUACCCGCCUGGGAAAGAAGCUCACUGUCCAAGAUACUCACCUCUGUGGAUGACGCUGUAUGCACUGGAACUCCACUGCAUAAUUCUGAGUCUUCCACCCUGUUUAAAGAUUUCAAGAAGACAUCAAAAUCAGCCUUCACAUUUCAGACUUACUCUCCAGAACUGCCAUUAUCAAACGAUUCCACCCCAUCUCCUUUUAGUCACAGGGUUGAUUCAACCUUCUGUGACUUGGAGAUGAAUAGAAUGAUUCCAUAUUGGGCGGCGCCUGUGGCUCAAAGGGGUAGGGUGCUGGCCCUAUAUGUUGGAGGUGGCAGGUUCAAACCCAGCCUCGACCAAAAACUGCAAAAAAACAAAGAAUGGUUCCUUAUGUGUACUGUUUCAAGAACAAACGAUAGUGACCUACUAAAGAGUCAAGGGCGGGCGGCGCCUGUGGCUCAAAGGGGUAGAGCACUGGUCCCAUAUGCCGAAGGUGGCGGGUUCAAACCCAGCCCCGGCCAAAAAAAAAAAAAAAAAAAAAGAAAAGAGUCAAGGGCAUUCAGAAUGUUGAAAUGUUCACAAAUAACCCCCAAACUUACAACAAUAAAUAUUUAUUAUCUCACAGUUUCUGUGGGAAGAUUGCUUAAGUUUAUUAAACUCAGGGGUUUAAGACUGCAGUGAGCUACGAUUGUACCACCAUACUCCAGCCUAGGUGACAGAGUGAGACCCUUUAUCUAAAAAAGGAAGAAAGAAGGUGUCAGCUGGGUUUUUAGUCAUUUGACGGCUUGACUGAAGCUACAGAAUGUGCUUCCCAGGUGGCUCACUUGCACGGCUGGCAAAUUGGUGCUAGUGGCUGGCAGAAGGUCUCAGUUUCUUACAUGUAGGCUUCUCCACAGGACUGCCCAAAUGUCCUCGUGAUGAAACAGCUGGCUUCCUACAGAACAAGUAGUAUAAGAGAGACCAAAGAGGAAAUUUCCAGCUGGGCUCAGUGGCUCACACCUGUAAUCCUAGCACUCUGGGAGGUCGAGGUUGGUGGAUCACUUGAGCUUAAUAGUUUUGGAACAGCCUGAAUAAGAGAGAGAGACCCAGUAUCUACUAAAAAGAAAAAGAAAAACUACCCUGUUUCCCCGAAAAUAAGACAUCCUCCGAAAAUAAGACCUACUUAUAGGAAAGAUAAGACGUCCCCUGAAAAUAAGACCUAGCGCAUCUUUGGGAGCACACCUUAAAAUAAGACACUGUCUUAUUUUUGGGGAAACAGGGUAGCUGGGACAUUAUGGCAAGCAUCUAUAGUCCCAGCUACUUGGGGGACUGAGGCAAGAGGAUGCUCAAACCCAAGAGUUUGAGGUUGCUAUGGGCUAUGAUGCCACGGUACCCUACCCAGGGUGACAGAGUAAGACUCUAUCUCAAAAAAUAUUUAAUUAAUUAAUUAAAUAAAAUAAGAACACAGCUAGAGAGAAACAAAGGACAAAGUAGCUUCUAUUUUUACUUGUUUCUAUCUUAGAAAUCAUAAGAUUUUUUUUAAUUUUUUUUAUUUUUAAUUUCAGUGUGCUUGUUCAUUCUUCUUUGUUUGAAGUACUCCUUUUUUGUUGAUUUUCUUCUUUCUCCUGCGGUGCUGGCUGGUUUUGAUGUUGUUGGUAGAGACGGAGUCUUACUCUGGCUGACUGCUGCUCAUAUGGGUCUUGAACCUCUGAGCUCAGGCAAUCCACCCGCCUCGGCCUCCCACAGCGCUGGGACUACAGGCAUGAGCCACCACGCCUGGCCAGAACAUCAUAAGACUUAAUAAAGGGGCCUGGCACCUGUGGCUCAAGUGGCUAAGGCGCCAGCCACAUACACCUGAGCUGGUGGGUUCGAAUGCAACCUGGGCCCGCCAAAUAACAAUGCCGGCUGCAAGCAAAAAAUAGCCGAGCGUGUGGUAGGUGCCUGUAAUCCCAGCUACUUGGGAGGUGGAGGCAGGAGAAUCACUUGAGCCCAGGAUCUGGAGGUUGCUGUGAGCUGUGAUGCCAUAGCCCUGUACCGAGGGUGACAGCUUGAGGCUCUGUUUCAAAAAAAAAAAAAAAAAAGAUUUAAUAAAGGAUUUAUUCAUCAGAAUUUACAGGAUUUUUUUUUUUUUUGAGACAGAGUUUUACCCUGUCACCCUGGGUAGAGUGCUGUGGUGUCAUAGCUCAUAGCAACUUCAAACUCUUGGGCUCAAAUGAACCUCCUGUCUCAGCCUCCCUAGAAGCCGGGACUACAGGGGCCCACCACAACACCUGGCAAUUUUUUCUGUUUUUAGUAGAGAUGAGGUCUCACUUUUGCUCAGGCUGGUCUUGAACAACUCCUGAGCUCAAUCCACCUACUUCGGCCUCCCAGAGUGUUGGGAUUAUAAGAGUGAGCCACCAUGCCUGGCCACAGGAUGAUUUAUUGUUGCAAUAAGAGUAACUCCAAAAUUUCAGUAGCUUAACACCCAAAAAAAGAUUUCUUUCCUGUUCCCAUUGCAGUUUAAGGCAAGUUGGAUGGGAAUGUCAGGCUUUGGAGUCCUCUACUGCAUUCUCUAAAUUCAGCUAGCAUGGGGGCAGGGAGACCAUUAAAAUAGUAUGAAAGAGUGUAUUGGUUGGGUGGCGCCUGUGGCUCAGUGAGUAGGGCGCCGGCCUCAUAUGCCGAGGGUGGCGGGUUCAAACCCAGCCCCGGCCAAACUGCAACCAAAAAAAAUAGCCGGGCGUUGUGGCGGGCACCUGUAGUCCCAGCUACUCGGGAGGCUGAGGCAGGAGAAUCGCCUAAGCCCAGGAGUUGGAGGUUGCUGUGAGCCGUGUGACGCCACAGCACUCUACCGAGGGCAAUAAAGUGAAACUCUGUCUCUACAAAAAAAAAAAAGAAAGAAAGAGUGUAUUGGUUGGGUGCCUGUAGCUCAGUGGCUAGGGCGCCACCCACAUACGCCAGAGCUGGCGAGUUCAAAUCCAGCCUAGGCCAACUACAACCACGAAAUAGCUGGAUGUUGUGGUGGGCACCUGUAGUCCCAGCUACUUGGAAGGCUGAGGCAAGAGAAUCGCUUAAGCCCAGGAGUUUGAGGUCGCUGUGAGCUGUGACACCACAGCACUCUACUGAGCACGACAUAGUGAGACUCUGUCUCAAGAAAAAAAAAAAGAGAGAGCAUGUAUUAAGAGUCAAGAACUGGCAAACAUAAUUUCUGCUCCCAUUGCAUGAGCCAAAAAUAAGUCACAUGCCUCCACCAGCGUAUAAGGGAGGCUGAGAAACAUAGUGCAGCUGCCAUGCCUAGGGAUAAAUGAAAAUGGAUUUGGGACUAAAUGCCAACUGAUGGAUAGAUAAAGAAAAUGUAGUAUAUAUACACAAUGGAAUAUUAUUCAGCCACAAAAAGCAUAAGACACUGUCAUUUAUAGCAAUAUGGAUAGAACUGGAGGUCAUUAUGUUACAUGAAAUAAGCCAAGCACAAAAAGACAAAUAUGGCCUGUUCUCAUUUAUAUGUGGGAGCUUAAAAAGCAGAUCUCAUAAAGAUCAAGUGGAUUGGAGGUUACCAAAGGCUGGGAAGAGUAGAAGGGAUAAGGGAGUGAAGAAGAGGUUAACUAUGGCUACAAAUAUAUAGUUACAUGGAAGAAAUAAGAUCUAGCGUUCAAUACAUCCGAAGGGUGAAUAUAGUUAGCAAUAAUCUACUGUACAUUUCAAAAUAAUAGGAAAGAAUCUAAAUGUUCAAAUCAUAAAAAUAAGAUUAAUGUUUAAGGUGAUCUGUAUCACAAUUACCCUGAUUUGAUCUUUACACAUUAUAUGAAUGUAUCAAAAUAUCACCUGUAUCCCCCAAGUAUGUAUCUUUAUUAUAUGUCAAUUAAAAAGUUUGAA